AUGAGCGUGUGGAUCCUGGACAGUUUUGGGUUCAGAUCCUUGAUGAGAAUCAUUGUGGGCUUCUCCAUCCUGAUCCUGGCCGUGGAGCACCAUCAACAGCCGGACUGGUUGACCAAAGCGGAGUAUAUUACCCGAACCAUUGGAUACGCGCUGUUCCUGGCAGAGCUGGUUCUGCGUCUGUGUGCCAUGUCCUAUCGCUACUUUCUGGACAUGUACUAUGUGCUGGACUUCAUCAUGGUCAUCACCAGCACUCUGGAGAUGAUACUUCCGUUCUCUGGAGAUCUGAAGUACCUGUUCAGGUCGCUUCGUGUCCUGCGUCUGCUGAGUAUUAUCCGCUUGCUGCCGUAUCUGCGCAAACAGCUGGUGGUCCUGGGAAAGAGCCUCUCCCAGUCUGUGCCACUGCUGCUGAUGAUAGAGCAGUUUGUCAUUGUGUUCAGCGUCCUCCAAGAACCAAACACUGGCGAUCCUGCAGCAGCCUGGACAGCAGGUAGACGACUGGCGCAGAACCGGAGCACGAAUUCCCCUGACCGGAGCACAGGAAAUCAACAGAACGUCCAGAACACGGGACCGAAGGACAAGCUGGGAACAUCAGAAUUACGGACUCCGAACACACACGUCAGCAGGCACCCCAACAGGCAUAACCACAUUCCUGUGGCUCCCGAGGGACGGCGCUGGAUUCGGGCACCAAUGCGCACAUGUCACGGCCUGAUCCUGGACAUCAGCGGUACCGAGCCACAUGCUCAGUCCGCCCAGGCCACACCAUCACUCCAGUCCCACAUCAACACAAAAAUAUGGCGAGACCAUAAUGGCGACUGGCACCGUCAGUCUGCUGGGGACGCAUAUCUGUUCGGCUGCAAGUUCAAGUUCCUGGUAGAAGACGGAAUGUGGCGCAAAAACUUUGACCAUCUGAAGUGGGCCAUGGUCACGGUGUUUCAGAAUGCUGAAACAUGUGCCACAGCUGAAGCACGCCAUCGAAACGCUGCUUGCGGCCAUCAAGCCAGUUCUCAACGUGUGCAGCUGUGGAAAGGCGCGUUCUACAACUGUGUGGACAACGAGGUUCAAGACCCCGAAAUCACAAUAACUAAGGCAAUGUUGACGUUGUUUGUAAUGUAUUCCAAAGACGGCUGGGUGAAGAUCAUGUAUGACGGCAUUGACGCCGUGGGUCCCGACAUCCAGCCCCUGACGGAGUUCAAUCCGUGGCGCUCCCUCUCUUUUGUCUUCUUCAUGACCUUCAGUUUCCUGUUGCUGGACAUGUUCAUUGGUACCAUCAUGGACACCUGGUUCGAGCGGGCAAGGAGACAGGUUCCUGACGCCAACCCCGGCGCCAGGGCCGCUAUCCGCAUCCCCAGAAACCGGGUCCGCUUUACUCGUCACGUCCUGCUUUGCGAGUGGGUAGUGUCCUUGGUGUGUCUGGUGAACCUGUUUUUGAUGUCGUCCGACCGCUUUCAGCAACCCAAGAAUCUGGAGCUCACCAUGGACAUAGGGUUCUACGUGAUCACCAUCUGCUUCUCUUUGCUCCUGCUGUUUAAGAUCUGGGUUCUCAGGAGCAGGGUCUUCACCAACAAGUGA